UAUUAAAAAUAUCGAUCACUGCGAUCAAAACCUGAACUGAGUUUAAUCGUUUCAAGCACUGUAAAAUUUGACAUGAACAACAAAAAUGGGGAAAAAUUUAGACUCAAUAGUUUCUUUAUCUUCAAACAGUAUUGAGAGAAUGAAUUCUUCAUAUUACAUUAGGGAUGCGACGGAAGCCGAUCUACCCACGAUUGUGGAAAUCUACAAUGAGCAGAUUUUAAAUUCUUCCUCAUUAUUCAUGUACUCCCCAGUUGGUCUGGACAACCGCUUGGAAUGGUUCAGAACUUGCAAAACCAAAGGCUUUCCAAUAAUAGUUGCAGUAAAGAAGGCAUCGGACCAAGAGGGUGAACUCGAACAAGAAGAAGUGGCUGCUUACUGCUCUCUUGGAACAUUCCGCGAUAAGCCAGCUUACAAUGCUUCUGCCGAAGUCUCGCUCUAUGUUCAUGUCAACCACAGAAGACAAGGUUUAGGAAAGGUUUUAAUGGAUAAGAUCAUAGAAAAAGCCGACGAGAUUGAUAUUCAUGCUAUUGUUGCUUCCAUUACGAUCGAGAAUUCCGUGUCUCUGAAUUUGUAUAGCAAGCUAGGCUUCAGACACAUUGGUACAUUCAAAGAUUCAGGCUACAAAUUUGGAAGAUGGUUGGAUGUUGCAUUUUAUGAACUUAUUCUUCCCAACGGAGAUCGCAUCCACCCAAAAACCGAAGAUAAAUAAGUGAUAAAAUAGAGACCACACUUCCUUCAUGGUUUAUAUCUCUUAAUGAG